AUGGCCGCCGACAACGACCUUUCCACCAACGGCUCCGAGUUUUGGCUUUACGGGUACGGCCAGGACCACAGGGGUACACCGGAAGCCCCGGGUCGCGUCGCGACACUGAUCGAGCGUUCCUACUGGGAAAAGCUGACUGACCAUCACGACUCGGCCCCGGAUCGUGUAUGGGGCGUCGCCUACCGCAUCAAGGCUGACAAGGUCGCCGAAGUCAAGGACUACCUUGACAUCCGGGAGAUCAACGGCUACAGCAUUCACUAUGCCCCCUUCUACCCGGCCGACGGCACCGAACCCAUCCGCACCCUCGUCUACAUCGGCACGCCGGACAACGACCAAUUCGUCGGACCCCAGGAUCCCCAGAAGCUGGCCGAGCAUAUCUACAAGAGCCGCGGCCCGAGUGGUCUCAACAUUGACUACCUCCUCGGCCUCGAGAAGGCGCUCGACGAGCUGAGUCCGGAAAGCGGCGACGUCCACAUCACCGACCUCUCCAACAGAGUCCGCGCCAUUCAGGCCACCGCAACUCUGCCCCCGGGUACCGGCCCGGACCCAGUAGAUGCCGCCGACGGCGAGUUCAAGCAAGGAAGCAGUGUCAAGGAGCAGGAGGAGACCGAGAAGACAUGCUGA